GGCUGAGAUGCUGGGGGGAAGCGCAGAGCUGUUCAUCACACAGCCAGAUCGCUGGCCACGUGUUUCACUGCAGCUCGUGCGAGUGUUGUCUGACUCGGGGGCCCCGCCCCCGAAUAAUGAGCUGCUGCUACUGAACAUCUGGAGAGGGCAGGUCCUCCGGGCGGCUGCUGGAAUGGGAGUAGGCUGGCAGGGAGGGGGCGCGCCCCCAUUGCAGGCUCAGAGCUGGGUCCACCUCGUCCCCGGAGCCCCGGCCGCGGUGCUGCAGCUGCCCCUGCGCUCUGCCUUGCCUUGCCUUCUCCGCCCCCCUUCCUCCCCUCCCCAUCUCCCGCUCCCCUCCUCUCCUUCCUCCCCCUCCGGCUUUCCCCUCCCCCUCGCAGUUCUGCAGCAGUCGGGGCUGAAGCACACGCCGGCUUUGCGGGCUCCCGGGGCUGAGGAUGCGCUCGGGCUUUUGUUCCCAUUGCGCCAGGCACAGGGGCAGCUCGAGUUCUGACUCCUGCCGAAGCUUCUCCCUGUUCCCCCGCGCCGCAUCCUCUGCCCAGAUGUUUAGCCAGCCAGGGUGUUAGUGUUAACCAGCUCUGGUGCCUGUGUGUGAACUUGCUGGCAUGGCUGCUGCUGGGACCCAGGGCAGCAGCAGCAGCAGCAGGAAGGAGGCUUUCGAUUGAGCUGGAUUUAAAGGGGAAUUGUGCUGCAGACAAUGCUCAGCAGCAGCAUCUGGAGCAGCCCUGGGGACCCAGCUACACAUUGCUACACACACAGCCGGGCACAAUGACAGCAGCUGCCUGGAGUAGCUGCAGGCAGCAGGCGGGAGCAUGAAGUGAAGGGAUCACUGCAGUGCUCAAGAUGAACUCCACCUUGGUUGGCAACCAGAGCGGGCAGCCAUUCUGCCUCCUGGCCAUUAGCUACUUGGAGACCGUCAAUUUUUGCCUCCUGGAAGUGAUUAUAAUAGUGUUUCUCACCGUGCUGAUCAUUUCAGGCAAUAUUAUAGUGAUAUUUGUCUUUCACUGUGCACCUUUACUGAACCAUCACACCACCAGCUACUUCAUCCAGACGAUGGCAUAUGCUGACCUCCUGGUGGGUGUGAGCUGUCUGGUGCCUUCUUUGUCCUUACUCCACUAUCCCAUUGUUUUGAGAGAGUCCUUGGUCUGCCAGGUCUUUGGUUAUGUGGUAUCCGUGCUCAAGAGCGUCUCCAUGGCCUCUCUGGCUUGCAUUAGCAUUGAUAGAUACAUUGCCAUCACCAAACCACUGACCUACAAUACUCUGGUCACCCCUUGGAGACUCCGCAUCUGCAUCCUGAUCAUUUGGUUGUACUCCUGUGUAGUCUUCUUACCUGCCUUCUUUCACUGGGGAAAGCCUGGAUAUCAUGGGGAUGUGUUUCAGUGGUGCGCCAACUCCUGGUACACUGAUCGCUAUUUCACUCUCUUCAUCGUGAUGAUGCUCUAUGCUCCUGCUGCUUUCAUUGUCUGCUUCACAUACUUCAAUAUCUUCCGCAUCUGCCAGCAGCACACCAAGGAAAUCAAUGAAAGGCGAGUGCGCUUCAGCUCCCAGGAUGGGGAGGCUGGGGAGGCACAGCACUGCCCUGAUAAGCGCUAUGCCAUGGUUCUCUUCCGCAUCACCAGUGUCUUCUACAUCCUCUGGUUGCCCUACAUCAUCUAUUUUUUGCUGGAGAGCUCUGCUGUCUAUAGAAACCACACUGCAUCCUUUUUGACCACUUGGCUUGCCAUUAGCAACAGUUUCUGCAACUGUGUCAUUUACAGUCUCUCCAACAGUGUUUUUCAGAAGGGGCUCAAGCGCCUCUCGGGGGUUGUUUGCACCUCCUGUGCAAGACAGAGGGUAGCUAAGGACUCCUCAACCUCUAGGAGCAAAAGACCUUCCAAUGGAUUCCAUGUCUAAGGAGCAGAUCGCUGUGACUGAGAAAUGCAGGCAGUUAUGUAAAUUGCAAAAUAAGUUAAAUACUGUUUUAAGAUGUCCAGGUUAGCAAAAGGAUUUCUGAGAAAUGCUGCUGACAAAAAAUCAGGAGCGUGUAUUAUUAUUUUCACUUUAAAAUUUCAUCAUGGCGUUAGGGUCUGUGACGUGUGACCUCCAUGCUCAUUUUAAGACUAAAGCUGUAUCCUGACACUUUUUCCGGCAUGACUGAAUGUAGUGGGGGUGUGAGCUUCAGCAAAAAUGUUUUUUUGUUUUUUUCUUGCAGCUUUACGAGGCUGUUUCAAGAUUUAUGCGUCACAUGGAAAUGAUUUCUCUCAAGUGGAAGUGUUAUAGUGUAAUGGUAUAUUACAGGGAUUUUUUUGUGUAUGCCAAAGCAUAUUAAUUCUGUGUGUUCUUACACCGCAAUAUAAGGGGCCAAAUGGUUUGUCUUUCAGCUCUAGUAGACAGAGCUCUAGAAUAUAGUGAAUAAUGUGAAUACUUUAACAUUAACUUAAACUUGUAAUGAGGCAUGAAUUCAGCAAUGUGAUCAAAACAGUGAGACACUUUUGAAAACUGAUCUGGUCUCUGUGCCCCAUUUUAGUAGUAGAAUACUUGUAUGUGAUUGGAGUACAGUAUUGGCAUUUUUCUUUUUGUUCGUGUAGUAACCAGAACAACUUGGAUCAGACCAAAUUUAGCGGUUUAAUAAAACAUUUUUUAUAAGCUCAGAAAAAAUAGUUGCUGGUUUAUGACCUCCGAAUCGUGGCAGUGGUUUGAGGAUGAUGCCUAAUUGUGAAAAUUAUUCUCAAAACACUAGAGAAAAGCCACUUCUGUUUGGAAAUUACUCAAGAACAACUAAAAAAAUCUGACCUGUUUUUAUCUGAAUUGUUCUGAUAUUUUACAUACUGGAAUUUAAGGGAGAAAAGAGAGAGAAUUUGUCUAACCAGCUAAGGAAACUAUGUUAUAAAUUUAACUACAGCAUUUGAGUUAUAGAUAACUGAACACACAGCUAAAUCAGGCAUUUCUAUUUAAUCCCAUGAAGCCUAAAGAAGGUUUGAAUAUAGCAGGAGCUAAUUCCUUUUGGCCAGCAUCCAUCCUAAACUGAUCAAACAAAGUGCACUAUCUGAAAAACAAAAUUUCAGUGACUACAACUUUUUAGGGCUGAUUUAGAAUGGAGGCUUUUUGUGUGCUGUAAUGUCAUCAGGAAUGCACUGUGGCCCUCAACUUAAUUCAUUCUCUUUAAAAAUGUCAUUAACUCUUUAUUGAUGCAUGGUGUGCUAUUUUAGUCGCUAAAGUGUCUGCAAAGUAUAAAUUCUUAACAGUAAUGGAUUAUAUUUUUCCAUCUCAGUGUCCUCAAUACAGGGAUGUUUUUUCCCCCCUAAUAUAAUACAUACCACAACCUGUCUACAGCUCACUGUUUUCAGCGUGCACCCAAUCUCUGUGUGCAAUAGAAGUGGGUUCUGGGGAAUUCUUUGAGCUCUCCACAUGUGCAGGAGUUGCAGUCAGUGUGUGCUCUCAGUGCACAGAGGGACUGAAGGAAUCCUAAGACCUGGAGACGUCUCUCCAGCUCAAGGGAGAAAUCACAGUUUGUGUUAUAAAAUAUGUUUAAAUCAGAUCUUGGUUUUCUACCAUAGUAUAUCGUCCAUGGUGAAAAUUUAACUUUCUUCUGUAGAUCCUCCAAAAUGUAAGAACAAAGGCUGUUGAUAUCCUGUUGCCUUCGUGGCCACUUUAUUAAUAAUUAUUUGCAUUGUGGCACACCUACAGACCCAGGGCCCCUUUUGCUUGGCACUGUGCAAAUAUAAAACUGAGACAGUCCCUACCUCUAAAGAGCAUGAUAUCUAAAUUUAAGGCUAAAGACAACAGGUGGAUAUGACUGACAGCAGUGGGGAGCUGAGGGUAACAGUGAGACAGUUAUGAAAGAUGUAAUAAGCAAGGGUUGCACCAGCUGGCUCAUCGUUCUCAAGUGUUUUGUAAGCAUUAUAGCAUAGGUGGUUUUUAAGGAGAGAUUUAAAGCUUGAAGUCACUCAUAUUUAGCAUUUAUGCUCAGUAUUAUUGAAAUACCCCUUCAUGCAAAACACCCCUGCUUUCCUAUGGUUCUAAGCUAUAGUUAAAGUUCAAAGUGUUUGAGCAGAUAUAAUCUAAGCAUUAAAAUAGCAUUUAAUAUCAAGAUGAUUUAUGUCAGGUUUAUCCACUGGGUCCUAAAAUCCAUCACAGUAAGGUUUUAGGCGUAAGUGGAGGUCUGAGGGCAAAUAUUGCUGCAUCUUUCAGUUUGUGCACCAGGAAGAAGCAGUUGAAUGUGACUUAGUGUACAAUAUAUUUGGGAAUACGUGAAUUUAGCAAAAGUGGGAGCCUAAAUGCUGACAUUAGUAUUUAGCUUAUGUUGGAGCAGAUGCCAGCUUUACCCAACUGGCCCAGAGCUGUAUUCAAAAUACAACAGUUUACAGCUGCUGAUAUUUUUAAAACUUGACUUGGGAACAGCUGAACAAGUCAGCAUUAUUCUGAUGGCUAGAAGGAAGGUAGCGCAGCUGUGUCUUACAGCUGUGAGAUUCACUUAAAGUGUUUAUUAAAAACUAGGCUUUUGCUCCCUCUCAAUUGCCAUAUUCAAAUACACCAUCAGUUUUCAUUUUAUCUCAAAAUCUUCGUCAGUGAAGUUGCUUUUCAUGAGACACAGGAAGCAGAACCUGGACUUCUAGGGAAUUAAAAAUCAGAACAAAUUUUAGAUGCAUCUUAGUUUCAUAUGCAACAUUUUUCACAGAUGCUUCUGAAAGGUGAAGCAGUCUCCGGCUGCACGGUUAGCAUUAGGCUGGUUUUGUCUCAGUUGCAUCUAAAAUUUUUGUUUUUAAAUAUCUUUCAUAUACUCCUUUCAUUUGACAGAGUGGUAGAUUUGUAUUUAGUUUAAAAGCUGCUGCACCACAUUCAUAUCACACAUAACUAUUGACUUUAGUGAAGUUACAUCAGAGAUGAAUCGGUCCCUGUGUGCUUGAGACCAAGUGAGGAAGAAAUAAUUUUACACUCUAUUACCUUGUUUUGUCAGGAGUUCACUUAACUUUAUUUGGUAUGUAGUUGACAUGAGGCAUAGUGCUUAUUUUCAGGGACUGUCAGCAUUAUUGAUGCUAUGAACUGUUACACAGCAGACUUCAUAGUCAGAUCGUUUUCAUCGCUACAUUUGAAAGUUAGUCCUUGUGCUUCGCUGUACUUGUUUGAGUUUCCAUAAUACUUUACAGAAUAGUAAAUACUGACCAGGACAAUUGCACAAACAAAUGUGAUGAAGAGAGCAUAGAUGUAAACAUUAUUUGUAUUUUCAUAAAACUAUUAAGUCUGCUAUGAAACUUCCAUGAGUUUAAGUGGUUAAAUGAAUUCACUUUAAUUUCAAAUUUGUAUCUGGGGCUUUACAUUCUAUUUUUUAUUAGGUUAUCUGACUCAUUUUCAGAUCCAGCUGGGUGAGGGUUUAUAACUUGUUUAAUUACUGGAUGGAAUUCACUUGGCAUUUUUGAGUCCCAUGGGGAAGCAUUUUCACAUGCAUAGCUUUUCAGAAAGUGACAUAAUUUAUGUAGCUCAUCCAAUAUUCUCAUACUGAAAAAGAAAAGACUUAAAUUAUUGGAGGUUGAGGUUGUAGUGUAUUGCUAUUUUAAAAUAGUUUCAAAAGGAGAAAAUGUGCAAAUUGUUAAUCUUCUAAUUCAAAUCCAGUGACAAUUUUGUUAAUAUGGAGAGUUCCUUUCUAGGGGAGGUAAAAAGAGGAUGAUAGCUUUGUGCUAUCAAAUUCUGCAUUUACAUGUGGGUAUUUCUUCACUCCCCAUUUUAUAGCCUUAAUUUACUAGUGCAUGUUUUGUACUUUAGGGUCCUAAUUGUUUAGUAGAAUUUCAGACUUAUACCUUCCUUAGGUACUUGGCUUCCAUUACUGUAGUAUCUGAGCACCUCACAAUCUUUAAUAUCCUUACACCACCUUUGUGAGAUAGGGAAAUAAUCCAUUUUACAGAUGGAGACUUCAGACCCAGAGAAAAUAAAUGACCUACCUAAUGUCAAGCUGGAGGAGCAAAGAAUCGAACCUGGGUCUCCCAACUCCCAGACCCUAACCAUGGCGUUAUCAUUUAAAAAAAAAAAAAUAGCAGGAAGUUUCACAGGUAAGAUGCUCAUCUACUUGGAAAAUUGGUUAGUUAAAUUGGUUAGUCUCUAAGGUGCCACAAGUACUCCUUUUCUACUUGGAAAAUGACAAACACAGGGCCCCAAUUAACAUCCUUCCUGUGAGAACACCACCAACUCAAUACCCAACAUUGAUAAGCAAAUAUCCCUUGCUGUAUUUGCAGACAGUCACACUAUCUGAUACAUUGAACUUCCACAAGUCAAGAAAAGCUGAAGUGCUUCAACCAAGCAGUACUCCACCAUCAGAGUUUGCAGGUUAAAGUCAGUGGGACUGGUGCUCCAAAGUGACUAAAGUGCUUUUGAGAAUCCAGCCCUCAGGAGACUGUUUGGGUUUAUGCGAUUAGCUUUAAGCUUUCAUUUUUGAACAUUUUGGCCUGUCUCUCUAAAAGUUAAUAGUUUUGUUUAAUGUAUUGAAAGUCUGAAUUAAUUAUUGUUAACCCCCAAGGCCAUUUUGUUUUGGAAUUACAAAGACUUUGUCACCAAGAAGUUUAAUAAAAACUUUUAGGCCCUGAUGCUGAAAACACUUUUGCAUGUGCAUAGAUCCAUUGAAAUCAAUUGGGCUGUUUAUGCAAGUAAAGUUACAUACCAGGUGAGGUGUUUGCAGGUUCAGGGCCUUAAUUUUCAAUAUUUUAUUUUUCACACUAAACAGUUUUGCAAAAUUCAGUAAACUACACUACAGUUGUCGCUUUUUAAAUAAAAACAGCACUUAUAAUUUAGUUAAAUAUAAAUUUUGAUCUAAAGAGGCAACACAUUUUCAAAUUAGUUUUACAAAACCUCAACCUGAUUUAAAUUAAAAAAAAAAAAUCAAAACAGCUUCAAAAUCAAAAUCAAAACCUGUGCCAUAUGAAAAAUGAUGAACCCCACUUCUACUGAAGUACAAGAGAUUGUAAAGGCCAUCACUGUUUCUAAUUUUAGAAACUGGGAGAUGAGUAGGAAUCUUCCCUUUUUAGGCAACUUUGUGAAACUAAGAUCUUCUGCAAACCCUUUCCCCAGUAAACUGCUGUUUAGAGUCAGAGCCAUCUGCAUACUAGGAGAAGAACAGAAACUCUACCUUUGUGUUUUCAGCAUAGAAUUAGUGCCUGUUCCCACUUGCUUGGUAUGCCUGUGGCUCUCAAGCUGUACACUGCACUACUUUUCCAUACACAUUAAUGAACAGUGUGUCUCCAGAAAUCCAGCAGGUCUCUAGGGAACAACCAUCACAUGGCUGGAUUUAGGUUCCAGGCGCUAGUAUUGCUCAUAAAUGACCUCAGAGAAGCCAAUCGUGCUACAGUCUGGUAUUCACUUUAGAGAGUCUCCAGUUCUUUGUAUUAAUUGUUAGGUGAUUUAAAUUAGGUUUGACUGAGCACAGGUUAUAGCUCCUCAGCCUUAGUUAUAGGUAAUCAGAUUGCUGUACUAUCAAGUUUCAUAGGCUGCCUCCAACAAGAACAAUACUUUGUCCUUUAGAGGAAAGUGAAAAUCCCCCAUAGUGCGCCUAACCAGUUGUACAGUACUGUACGUAGAAUCAUACAACUGGAAGGGAUCUUGAGAGGUCAUCUAGUCCAGUCCCCUGCACUCAUGGCAGGACUAAGUAUUAUCUAGACCAUUCCUGACAGGUGUUUGUCUAACCUGGUCUUAAAAAUCUCCAUCGAUGGAGAUUCCACAACCUCUCUGAGCAAUUUAUUCCAGUGCUGAACCAUCCUGACAAUUAGGAAGGUUUUCCUAAUGUCCAACCUAAACCGCCCUUGCUGCAAUUUAAGCCCAUUGUUUCUUGUCCUAUCCUCAGAGGUUAAGGGGAAUAACUUUUCUCCCUCCUUCUUGUAACAACUUUUUAUAUACUUGAAAA